AUCAACUCAACGUGGUGUCGCCAUUAUAGUCAAUUUGAUACAUCACUAGACCCUCGCCUUUAAUCAAAGACUAUGGAUUCUUUGCGGUUGUCUCAAUAUGACAUUCAGGCUGCGCGAGCCAACUUCACCUUGUAUGGGAACCAUGAUGACGAACACUUCCUAAGAUGUUGGAAGCAUCAAACAUGCAAAGGUUGUCUUGCAGCUUCACAAUGUGGCUGGUGUCCUUUUACAUGGUCAUGUGUACCGAAUACUAGCAACAUCCCGUUGCUCGCACCAGCUUACAACGAGAAUGUCUGUCCACACUGGGCCGAACGUUGGGAGUUACGGACAAAGCCGCUCGGGUGCCAGGUUUCGUCAAUCACGAGUCUCACUGCCAUUGUCACCAUUAUAUCAACACUGGUCUUUGUUUCGCUCAUGGUCGGCCUUGUGAGAGCUAUCCGGUGGUUCUGGCAGUACCACAAGAAGCAUUCUGGUUGGUGGCGGCUACGGAAUCAACGUUGGGCAAGGACGUGGUUCCGAGCUGGAGAACUUGAACCCCUACUACCAGGAAGCUGGCCGGAUAAUGGAGGUCCCUAGGAUAAAAUCUCGAGGACCGACCCAUGACUACGAGGUUUAAAGGAGUC